AUGCAAAAAAACUUCUUUGAACAGCAAAAUGUUGCGCCGCGUGCAAGACCAUGUGUGAUACCUCAGAUUACCAAAGUUUUCGGUGGCGCCAAUUUGAGUCCCUUCGCCAGAGCCCGGGCUAGGGAUCUCGAGGUCCAAGCAGGGCUGACCCAACGAGACCUCCUAUGUUUCAUCGAUGGCCUCAACGAAGCGUUCUUGGCCAACCCCGCUUUGCAAGCGACCAGCAAAAUUGGUAUGCUUGUCGGUUUUGUCCCGCUAUUAACAGCCCAGGCGGUCGGGAGCGGACUGCAGUUGGCUGCAGGCUUGGGCAGUGCGGGUGUCUCAGUUGUCCGGACCAAGCAGUAUUUGAAGAAGGCCAAUGAGGUCAUUUUCAAUCCAAAGGGACUCUUGGUCAGAAUUGUCAAAACCGAUAAGAUGCUCUCACUAGUUGGACUCCAAAAUUCAAUGGUCUUUUCAGGAGAGCAGUAUCGGGUUCUUGUCGGGGAUGGGGGUCAAAGCCAGAGCCCCCUCGCAACCAGAAUGGCGGCUCUGGGUAACAGCGUGAUGCCGCUGACCUUCGACGAAUUGGCUGCUCCUGCCGAUGAAGACAACUGGAUGAAGAAGUGGGGGGCUUACUCUGCGCAAAAGGCAGAAAAAAAGCAACUUGAAAAAUUGCAGAAAGCGGAGAAAAAGUAUAAGGAAUCAGACAAGAAAGACAAGAAAGAUAAGAAGAGCCGACGGGAUGAGCGGAAGGUGGAUGACGCAAUUCUCGAUUUACAAGACAGCAUAGGUGACAUCAAGCAAAGAAUGCAGUUCUUGGAUCCAAGGCAGCCAGAUCAAGCCAAAACCGGGCGGGAGUUGAUGCGAGAGCUGAGACGGUUGGAGAGGAAGUUGACUGAGCUGGAGGAAGACAGGGAAGACAACAUGUCUCAAAACAGCGACAAAAGAGAAAAAAGACAAGCUAAAAGAGACCAGAAGGAAACGAAAAAGGUCAACAAGCUUCAAUGGAUAGUGAUCUUGCCGGCGGAUACAAGGACAGGUGACGAGGAGCAUGAUUUGGAUUCGGAUUAG